UUAAUUUCAAGUUUAACGUCAUUCAGAGAGUGUUCAAGUAAAUUUAUUAAUAUUUCUUGCUUAACGCAUUAUUUUUAUAAUUUAAUUAAAGAAAGUUAAAGUAGUGAGAAUAAAUAUUUCCAACAAGAUUAAAAUCAUUUCUAUUAAUUGUUCCUUGACGAUUUAAAUUGAAUGUCAUCGAAAUGGAAAGCUUAAAGUCACAAAUAUUAAGAGGCAUAAGUGAAAUUGCUGAGUCUAAAAUUGAUGAACUCUCAGAGUUAUGGAAGAAACUUUUCGAGCCAGAUAUCGGUGAAACUCAUAUGAGAAAACUUCUCGAUCAUGUCGACGCCUUCUUCACAGACAUCAUAACCGAAACUCAAAAUAGAGAAGACGAUAUCAAACAAAGAAUUCAAAAUUUGAACCGUGAAAGACAGGAUCUUAAACGUUUACUUAAAGAGGAUGCUGGCGCUGUUCCAGAUGAAAACGUUCCCCUCCAUACCCUUCAAAUGAACAUUGACAACAGUUUAUUUGAGCUUCGUGAAAAGCUACAAGCUCGUCGUGAAGAAAUUUCUUUUCUACUUGGUGAACAAGAAAAACUUUGCAAUGAACUCGAAGAACCUUCUCGUUCACUUCACCACGAUCCUCUUCCAUCAGAGACAGAAAUGGAAGAGUUUCGUCAAUAUCUUGAUAGACUUAAUGACGAGAAAUAUAAUCGAUUUGGGAAAAUGAUGGAACUACGUGAUAACAUCAAGAACAUCGUUGCAAGGCUUGAAAUUACUCUGAAAGAAUAUGACUGCAAUCUCAUUACAAACAAUGACAUGAAACCAACUUUGCACAACAUUGAAAAACUUGAACAUUUAUUUGAAGUUCUUAGCAGUCAAUAUGAGAAGAUGAAAUAUCAAAUUGGUGACAUGCGAAGUCGUUUGAGUCAGUUGUGGAAAUAUUUGGAAGUGUCUGAAGAUCAACGAAUGGUUUAUGAAAAUUAUACUGAAGUCACACAGUCAAACUAUGACGAAUUACUCGCUGAAGUUCAACGAUGUGAGCAAAUAAAGAAAGAAAACAUUCGAAGCUUCAUUGAAAAGAUUCGUGAAGAAAUUGAACUUUAUUGGGAUAAAUGUCUAAAGUCCGACACUGAACGUUUACGUUUUCCAAGUUUCACUGUCAACACUUACAACGAAGACGUUCUCGAGCUCCAUGAAGAUGAACUGCGCGACUUAAAAAUGUUCUAUGAGGACAACGAAGCAAUCUUUAAGAUUAUUCAAGAGCGUCAGGAGUUGUGGGAACAAAUGGAAAUGUUGCAAAAUAAAGAAGCUGAUCCAAAACGCUACAACAAUCGCGGUGGUCAACUUUUGAAAGAAGAAAAAGAACGUAAAAUGCUUGCAAUGAAACUGCCCAAGAUUGAAACAAAACUCAUUGAAAUGGUUGAGAAAUUUGAAGAACAACAUGGAAGACCAUUUACAGUGUAUGGCAAAAGAGUUCAAGACAUCAUCGAGCAAGAUUAUGAAACUAAAAGGCAGGAAAAGCUCACAAAGAGUGGGAAGAAAAUUCAAGCAACGCCUGCCAAGACGCCAUACCGGAGCAACAUGACGACAGUCAGAACACCAUUAACAAUUGAACAAACAAUCAUCAAUCGAACAGCUAUGAAGACAACAGGCGGCAAAUUAAGAAUCACAUCUGCCAAAUCACACAUGGUUUUGUCAACCACAGCAUCAUCAACUGCCUCAGCUGCUUCAGUUCGUACUGAAAACGGGAAGCGUCGAAUGAUCCCAACAAAGCAAUGUGGGCCGCAAGCAAAACGAAAACUUCUUGGAGCUUUUGUGUCGCCUAAUAAUGUUUUAAGACAAUUGAAUGGGAACUCUUCACGAAAGCCUCCACAGACCAAGGCACCGUCAAAGAAUGCAAGUUUGAAAGUGUAUAACGUUGGUUCGUGCAUCAAACGACGUUCACGUAAAAGUAUUGGAAAAAAGAAGCGAAGCAGCAUUUACAAGAAAAGUCGUCCCGUGCCAGAGAUACAUGUUGCUUCUUCCGAUGAAAACGUCCCAGAAAGAGAAACAACUAGUUAUGAAGGAUUUGAGAAUUACGUUAAACAAAGCAGAAAUGUUGUGAGGUCUUCCGAAGUUGUUCGUCCACAACAUCUUGCUGUUAAUCAUUAUGGAUUUGCAUCGCCAGUGGUUCGUAAACCAGCAACACCUGGAAGUAAACGACGCAUCGCUACACCAUCUGCAUCGACACCAACCCAACGAGGUCUUCAACCUAAAGAGUUGGAAUUUUCAAUGAUUCUCUAAGUUUUUUUAAUUUUAUCUCAAGUGGCAAUUUUCUCAUUAAUUUUUUUAAUAAUUACUGCUAAUUGAAAUCUCAUGAGAUCGUUGAAUUAGAAAUUGACGAUCUGUUGAAUGAUUCUUUAAAUAAAUCUCUUGUUAAUUUACUCUAUUGGAGAUUCAAAGUAUUUCAAAUAUUCAUAACAAAAUUCUUUUAUUAAUUUAAGCUUAACAAUUAUUACUUAAUUAAAUGUACAAAAUAUGUCUCAAGAACAACUUUUAAUAAAUUUUCUUUAAAAAAUCUUUGGAAAGCAUCACAA